ACCCACUUCAUUCCCCCACACUGAACAGGAAGACUGGAGGCCAAAGAGAGCAGCCACACUCUGAAGGAGAGGAAGGACGUGGAGGUCCAACUGUACAGUCAGAACAAAGGAAAACAAUCAAGGUAAAGGAAUGAGCAAGAAUCAGAAAGACGUGAAGAAAAUCCAGACAGUUUAUCUGCAGAACUUGGAAAAACUUAACCAGGGGAUAAAGUCAGAUAAGAAAAGUUGGAAACCAAAGGAAGGAGACUUUGCUACACCGAUGGAAAAGCUGCGACAGCCUCCCAUAGCUGGAAAAGUAACCAAAAGCUCAGCACACAGAAUCAGCAGAGAUCUUACCUGCUCCAUCUGUUUGGAUCUUUUCAAGCAGCCGGUGUCUUUGCCCUGUGAUCACACCUUCUGCCAGGGGUGCAUCGAGGGUUACUGGACCGGCCCCCGGGGCACCAUUCAGGGAGGCACGGGCUCCUGCCCUCAGUGCAGGAAGGUGUACCCCGGGGAAAGCUACAGGCCCAACCGCAUCGUUGCCAACAUCGUGGAGAGCUACUGUCAGGGUCUUGAGGAGAGCGGGACUGGACCUCGCCUGGCAGACGUUGAGGUGACGGAGAGGGUUCCUGCUCCGGUCCCAUGCUGCAGCAGACACAGAGAGGAGCUGAAGCUUUACUGUGAGGAGGACCAGGAGCUGGUGUGUCUGGUGUGUGGACUCUCCCAGGAGCACAGGAAUCAUACCAUGGUGUGUGUCCAGGAGGCUGAACAGAAGUACAGGGUGUCUCUGAACAGCUCCAUGGAUUCACUUAAAGUUGAGCUCAACACGGCGCUGCAGUGUGACAGGGAAGUCGAGGAUGAGGUUAAAAAGCUGAAGGAGCACACCGCUGACCUGAAGCAGCGUAUUGAGGCUCAGUUUAGCGACCUCCACCAGUUCCUGUACCAGGAGGAGAAGCUGCUGCAGGUGAAGCUGAAGACGGAGGAGCGCAGGGAGCUGAUCCGACUGGACGAGCACAAGGCCCUGCUGUGUGUGGAGAUCUCUCGUCUGCAGACAGCCGUCCACGAGAUAGAGGACAAGCUGAGAGAGCAGGACGCCUUCACCCUGCUCCGGAGCAUCAAAGUCCUGCUCCAGAGGCCUUCACUGAAGUUUGAGAAACCAACAUUCACACCGCCCAGUCUGUGCGAGGGUCGGUUUGCGGGGCCCCUGCAGUACAGAGUGUGGAAAUCUAUGAAAGGAAGCAUCUAUCCAGUUCCGGCAGCCAUCACGUUUAACUCCAGCACGGCCAACCCUUGGCUCAGCCUGACCUCCUCGCUCACCUGUGUUCGCUACCAGACCUUUAACCUCACCGUGCAGGACAACCCCUACAGGUUCAACGCUGCCCUGUCACUGCUCGGGAGCCAGGGCUUCACCCACGGGCGCCACUACUGGGAGAUUGAAGUCUACAGCAGCACAGUCUGGACUGUGGGGGUGGCCCGAGAGUCGGUGCCCAGAAAGGGGGUCAUCAAAGCCCUCCCAGCCAAUGGCUUCUGGACUCUCUCCCUGUCUUACGGGAUACAGUACAUGGCUGGCACUUCACCCCCCACUGUCCUGUCCCUGGAGGAGCCUCUGGCCAGGAUCGGUGUGUACCUGGACUACAAGAGGGGCCUGGUGUCCUUUUACAACGCAGAGUGCAUGGCACACCUCUACACCUUCAGGGAGACCUUCACUGAGACGCUCUACCCGUACUUCAACUUGGGCUUUCUGGAUAAAGUGCAUGAAAAUGAGCCUCUCAAAGUUUUCCUACCUAAGAUUUAAAAAACUGUGACAAAAAUGCAACUGAAAAGGGAACAUAAGGUUAAAAAGUUACCAAACAAACAUUAAUCAUUUAUUUUUACUUUCUUUGUACAGAAGUAGAGAUUUGUAAUGUGCAUUGUACUUUAGAUAUUAGAACUGUCCAAUAUAAACAGAUGUUUCUUAAAGGUCCUGUGGAGUUGUGAAACAAACAUUCAGCGUUACUCACCCAGACGACUUGUGUGUCCUUGAAGUCUUACAAACAUGUGCAUUUCCUUCCUCAAAAAACAUUUGCGAAACUGAUUUUCAUUCCAGGAUUGCUUAUAUCCAUGUUAGCGAGCUCUCAGUCUUCUUCUUGCGUUUGUUUUUUUUGGCACAUUGCAGCAUAUCCCGGUGUGUUACUGUCACCUGUUGAUCAGUGUGACACCAUCAGUAGAGCUGAGUUUUACUAGAGGACUAAAACUCCACAGGAAACAUUAAAGUAACAUUUGUGUAACACAUUGAUGAGUUUGUAGACUGGAUCUACUGCCACACAUUUAAUUUCAGAGGAGCUGUGCUUCAGUGAAGAAUGUGAAAGUGUCCGGUUUAUUAUUAUUAUUAUUAUUUUAAUGAUUCAUUAUCUUUCUUGUGCAUGAUACACUAAACUAUCUUUAUCACUCUAUACUGUGGUUUUAUGGACAUGUUGAAAACAUAUACAUUGUUUUAGCUGAUUAGGCUCUAUAUCAUACUAAUGAUGUAUGUGGUGCAUUCAGGGACCUUGGGAGAUGUUAUGCUUUUAGAUUGGAACUUUUUUAUGUGAACAAAAGGUUUUAAUUUUGGAUGUGUACUUUGUACUUGUUGUGCUAGAUGUCUCGACUGUUGGCUGAUCCAAGGGCUGAUACAUGUUAAGUGGCACCCAAUGUCCCACUGAAUGAUAUGGGGACAUUUUAAUAAAAGCAUUUCUUGAAA